AACAUAGUUGAGAACCAAUUUUAAAAAUUAUUUGAAUGUUGCAUCACAAAUUCAAAUAUUACAUGAGUUCAUGAGGUAAAGAAACUAAGCAUGCCUGCUCAUCACAAUGAAGAAGAGGAAAAGCCCUGUAGGGCAUGCAGUGAUUUUAAAUCAUGGACUAAAAGGACUAAGUCCAAGUCUACGCAGUCAAGUAAACAUGAAGAACCAGCCGCUCCUCCAACAACAAAACCCAAAGAAUGUCCUCUUGACAAGGAGGAGUUGGGAACAUCAACCUGGGGAUUCCUGCACACAUUAGCAUCCUACUAUCCAGAGAAACCAACUAAAUCACAAGCUGAUGACAUGACAAAGUUUUUCAACAUAUUCUCACAGUUCUAUCCUUGUGAACCCUGUGCUCUGGACUUUCAAGAAGAUAUCAAGAAGAACCCGCCAAAAACGAAAUCAAGAGACGAACUAGCAAAGUGGCUGUGUGAGAGACACAAUACAGUGAAUGUGAAGCUCGGGAAACCCAAGUUUGACUGCAGCAAAGUGCAUGAGCGAUGGAAGGACGGCUGGCUCGAUGGGUCCUGUGAUUAAAAGUUCACAGCAAAAUGUUGCUUUACUAGAAGAUGUAUGGAAUAAGUGAUAUUAGUUACCAAAUACUGCCACAGAACAAUAUAUUUAUUGACGCAUUUAUGGUUCCUAUUCUUUGUUAACUCCAAUCUUACUGUGCAAUGCCUUUUGCCUCAAUGAGAUGAUAAUGAGGUUUUCGUUUUGGACUUUUGAUCAAUUGUCAAUUUAUACUGUUUUUUAAGAACAAUAAAUUUCCAAAGUAAUUUUUAAGCAUUUAUCACAGGUAUUUACAAAAGGUAAAUGCAACAUUUUGGUUGUGAAUUAAAAAUUUAUGUGAAACAUUUAUUUUAUGCCUAGUUAGUAUUAAAGUAGAUAAUAUUAUAAUGACCGUGUGCUUUAGCUAGGUCUUGUGAUGUGAAUUUUAAAAUGUACAAUUUGUAUGUAUAUAUAUUUACUGUUAAAUAAAAAUAUUUAAAGAA